AUGAGAGUCCCCAUUUGGGUUCAGCUUGCGCUGCUCGUGAGCGGCGUUGCCUUGCUCGCGCUCACCGUCGUCGCGGUCCCAACCUGGAUCUAUGUCCAAGGCUUCGUCAUCAAUGUCGAAACUGACAGUCUGGCUCUCGCAGCCUCACUCUACGCCACCAAGAUUGACGCGCAGCUACAGCUGCUCAACACCAUCAGCCGCACGGUUUCCACACGCAUCUUGAUACAGCAGUCACUUGCCAAUUUCUACAAUAACAAUGCAACAACAAGCAACCCAUUCGAGCCCACAGUCACCGACCUGCAAAGCGCGCUCGCCACCAGCAGCUUCACCGGUCUACUGCAGGCACGCAUUUACUCGCGAAACCAGACGGGUGAGAAUUCGACGGGCCUUGUCAGUGUCACCGGCUCCGGCGUCGGGACUCAGACUCAGAACAUUCCGCUGCCGUACCUCACUCCCGACGGACUGUCUGUCAAUCUCAGCGACACUAAAUAUGGCUACCCACCCUCUCUAUACCCCAACAUCACUUAUGAGACCCUGGAUAUUCCGAAUCCGUACAUACCCUCAGAGAAGGCCGUCGCGGCGAGCGCAUUUCCCGGUGUACUGCUAAGUGAUAGUCGGGGGCUGCUGCUUGGCCCCCUGGCCGUCAAUCAAACGUUUGCGCUGAUAUCGCUCACGAUUCCUAUUCGAUCUCUCACCUCGAAUGGGUUCAUUCUAGGCUACCUGACCCUGGUUGCUGCCGCCAACUCGUUUCUCGACAUCCAAACAGCUGUCGACGGACUUGGGAAAACUGGUGUGGCACUGCUCGUCACCCCCAAUGACCCGUCGAACCGUUUCACACCACCUCUGCUCCCAUCCAACGCUACAUACCAGCCACCUAGCGGCUCUCUGAGCGACUACGCCGUUCGAAUUGUCUUAUCACCGGCAACUCACCCUGGUCAGGUCGAUCGUCAUACGGAUAAGCAAGGAAAAUGGGAUGCACCUUUCCCGCUCUCACGAUACCCAGCUAUCAAUGGCGCGUACUCAACGUACAAUGGAAACCUGAAUAAUGCCCGCGCAAGCUUGACGACAACAAACGAGCAAGGAUACGCGGUUGCGGUUGGUGUUGCUCGUCCACAGACGACACUAGUGGACUGGGUGAUCGUGGUGGAAAAGUCGCGUGAUGAGGCCUACCUUCCUAUAUCCCUACUGCGCAAAAUACUGGUUGGGUGUGCCUUUGGGACUGCUGGUUUGGUCAUGCUGCUCGUGAUCCCUUGCGCAUACUUCAGUGUCCGUCCUAUUCGAAGACUGAAGACGGCCACUGAAAAGUCCAUCAAUGUGCCGGGUUAUGAUCUGCAGUAUGGCGACGAUGAGAAGAAGGCAGCCAGCGCAGGAGGCACUCUUUCUUCUGCUUCCAUCAAGAGCCUCUUCCAAAGCAUAGUGAUGAAGUUUUCCAAGCCGCAGAGACCACUGACCCAGGCUGAAAUCGAGAACCAUCGCCGUGUGUUUAAGAUCCCAGGCAGGGUCAAGGAGCGGUCGCAUAUUAUCACUGAUGAGGUAACGGAGCUUACUGAGGUUUACAACAAAAUGACAGAUGAGCUGGUCCGGCAGUACACGUCACUCGACGACCAAGUAGCGAAAAGGACCAAGGAACUAGAAAUCAGCAAAAAGGCUGCGGAGGCUGCGAAUGAGAGCAAAACUUUGUUUAUUGCUAACAUUUCGCACGAAUUAAAGACACCUCUGAAUGGCAUUAUGGGGAUAUGUGCGGUCUGCAUGGAAGAAAACGACAUUCUUCACAUACAGCAUUCACUAAAAACGCUCUAUAGAUCAGAGGACCUACUCAGCUUUUCCAAGAACCAAAUCAGCCAUGAGAUCAAGCUCGAGCACAAAGAAUUCCGCCUGGGAGAAAUUCGAUCGCAAAUCGUAUCCAUUUUCGAAAAACAAGCUCGGGAGAGCAAGAUUGAUCUCGAGGUCAUCUUCUCUGGCCGUUCAUCCGAAAAUCUCAACCCACCACGUCUUCUUGUCCAGCAGGGUCUACCCCGAGCGGGCCAGUCUCAUCGCAUACGGGACAUGUAUAUCCUGGGAGACCAGCACAGGAUCCUACAAGUCAUCAUCAAUCUCGUCAGCAACAGUUUGAAGUUUACAACAGCUGGAGGGAAAGUCCAAGUGCGCAUACAUUGGGGUGACAACGUCGUGUCGAAGCACGAUGCUCGAAACAAGGCUGUGACGGAGGGCUCGCCCACGCAGAGUGAUAGCAGCCACGAGGAGGCAACAUCUUGGUUCCAGUCGCUGUCGAGAGUAACAACCCCGGCCGUUCAAACAGUAACCAAUCCGCUUGAUCAAAAAGGAGUAUUGAGUGACCCGCAUGUCAUGUUUGACGAGGAGACACAAAGCUCCCUGACGCAGACUAUCGAAAGCGCCAAUGAGUACCUGUUCACAUUCGAGGUUGAAGAUACUGGCCGAGGUAUACCCCUCAACAUGCAAGACAAGAUUUUCGAGCCGUUUGUGCAGGUAGAUUCGAGCUUUAGCAAGGAGUUUGGCGGCACUGGACUCGGGUUGAGCAUCUGCUCUCAGCUUGCUACGCUGAUGGGAGGCAAAAUCACAGUGAAGAGCAGUGAGGGCCUGGGCUCAACAUUCAGUCUACAAAUCCCUCUCAAACACAUCAUCGAUCGAGUACCAAGUACGCGCUCCGAGAGUACGAGGCCAAGGUCGAGAGCUCCAAGCGCUGGCGGCUCUACCACCAACGGCGGUGGUAGUGGCCAUCGAAAUUCUCUGAGCAGCGUGCUGGCGCAAGACGCCGAUACGACGACGACGACCAACCAUGAUAACCAUAGGAGCGACAUCCAACCACGCCUCGUCGGUCUCAGCACGCCGUUCUUUCCACCGAAUCCCAAUCAAGCUACGGCACCACCACCUACCGGCUCGACAACCGUCAUCCCGCCGACCACAAGCGGCGAGACGCAAGCCGCCAUUCAAAAAGCAAAGGCCGACAAGGCCAAAGAUUCUUCCGGCCAGUCCGGGACCGGCAACAGCGACCUAUGCGUCCUUGUCGCGGACGACAACGCGACCAACAUCGAGGUGGUGCGGCGCAUGCUCAAGCUGGAAAAGGUCCUCGACGUGACCAUCGCCAAGGACGGCCGGGAAGCGUACGAGCUGGUGAAGGAGAACAUGGAGCGCAACCGCAAGUUUGACCUCAUCUUCAUGGACGUGCAGAUGCCCAACCUGGACGGCAUCCAGUCGACGCGGCUGAUUCGGCAGAUGGGGUACGCCGCGCCGAUCGUGGCCCUGACGGCGUUUUCGGAGGAGAGCAACCGCAAGGAGUGCAUGGAGUCGGGCAUGGACGAGUUUUUGGCGAAGCCGAUCCGGAGAUCGGCGCUGAAAAGUGUAUUGACAAAAUUUGCGACGAUAGAUGAGGAAAAACUGCACGACAUGCCACUGGACACCUCCACGUACUCGCUCGCGCUCCUGCGCGUCGACGGGCGCCGCUGGAACGAGCUCCGCCGGCUGCACGCCCUCAUCCGCACGCAGGACGCCGCCGACGGCUCCUCCUACCUCGAGAUGGGCCACACCAAGGUCAUGUGCGUCGUGUCCGGGCCCUCGGAGCCGCAGCAGGCGCAGCAGGCGCAGCAGAGGCGAGGCGGACAGGCCACCAACGCGUCGCGCGAUGGGGCGGCGGUCAGCGUCAACAUCGUCAUCGCCGGCUUCUCCAGCGUCGACCGCAAGAAGCGCGGCCGCAACGACAAGCGCAUACAGGAGAUGGAAAUCACCAUCGCCAAGGCCUUCGCGUCCAACCUCCACACGCACAUCUUCCCGCACUCGACCAUCUCCAUCUCGCUGCACGUGCUCUCGCAGGACGGCUCGCUGCUCGCCGCGCUGCUCAACGCCGCCACGCUCGCGCUCGUCGACGCCGGCGUGCCCAUGAGCGACUACAUCGCCGCGUGCACCGCGGGGUCGACCUCCUCCUUCGCGGCCGGCGACGACGCGGCGGACCCGCUGCUGGACCUGAACGGCCAGGAGGAGCAGGAGCUGCCGCACCUGACGGUGGCGACGCUGGGCGAGGGCGACCGCGUGGCGGUGCUGGCGUGCGAGAGCCGCAUCCAGGUCAGCCGCUUCGAGGGCAUGCUGGUGGUCGGGCUGGACGGCUGUAAGCAGGUCAGGCGGUUCCUGGACGGCGUGGUCAAGGCCAAGGGCGGCAAGAUGAUCCGCGAGGGGGCGAUACAGCAGAGCGAUACGAUGGUGAUGGACUUGGACGAGUAA